AUGUAUUAUAUACUCAACUAUGGCUGGCAAAAACGUUUGUCAAAAUCCUGGAGGUUACAUGAAAAAGCAGUCGUUUUUAAACACUUGCCGGAUAUAACAUUGACCUUUCGUUUAACCAGCUCUACAAGGUUGUUGGAGUUUUUCUAUUGCUCUGCUCUCAGAUCAGCAACCUUAUAUUGGUCUAAAUAUUUAGGCAAUAUCGCCUUGAUACUUAACAAAGAAUCAGUGUGGGACAAAAGAUUAGCAGAACAUUUGACGAAACAUGAAGAUGCUAUGGGAAUGAUGUUCGAGUUUUAUUAUGAACCUUCACCCAAUCAAACAAAAUACUUCCUUAAAGAAAGUCGGGGUUAUCAACAACAACUGUAUUCUUCAUUUUUAACCGAUUUGUUCAUUCAAACACCAGUUAUUGCGUAUACUGAUAGUGAUGCCAAGUUUACCACGCCUGUUACACAAGAUAAUAUUUUCAAUGGUGAAAAAUUAAAAGUGAAAGGCAUUCAUGCCAAAUUCAGAGGUAAAUUUUCUAAAAAUUGGGCGAAAACAACUAAAAUGAUGUUAGGAGUAGAUAUGGUAGCAGAUUUCAUGUCUUAUUUUCCAGUAUAUAUUUGGAAGGAUACGAUAGCCAACUGUAGGAAGUUUAUUAUGAAUCACGUUAAUUCUUCAGCAACAGACUUUAUUGAAGUAUUCUCACAAGCCCAAGGUCAUGCUUCUAGUCCCGUCGUAGUGAUAAUGACAUACGCUUAUUAUUUUGAAAAACACCGAUAUGAUUUUCACAUAGACAUCAGGAAUGAAACUCUCAGCGAUUACAAUAAAAAAUAUGUCGCAAAAGGUUUCGAACUUGGACAAUCGGAUAUAUCCCCAGAUUUACAUGUACAAAUUCACGAUAAGCAUUUUAGUGAACCUCGGAGGCAGCACAUGGUAAGCAAAUUGUCAUAUUGUAGAGCCUCCAGAAAUCUAAACAUUUUACUACCACAGAACAUCCAGGAAAUGUGUGAUCCUUUACGGAUUUCAUCUCAAUGGUUUUUAUUUCAAUUUGAACAUAAUCCGGUUGCUAAAGUAGAGCACCUGACAACGUGGUGCAAAAAUAAACGUGAUAAAUGUGAUGAUAUGAUAAAUAAACAUUAUGAACAUUGUGAUCAACUGUUUAAACUAGGUAUAUAUGAUCUGGAUAUAUCCAGAAUUGAUGUGGUUGAAAAGGUAGCUGCUCAACAAGGCAUUUAUUGCAAGCCAUAUUGGUAA